UUGGAAUCUUUGAUGAUUGCAUCAUGCAUCGCUCCAACAGACCCGGUAUUGUCGAAUUCUAUGAUUAAAGGAAGAUUUGCACAAAAAUAUAUAUCAAUUGGUCUUCGUGAUCUUAUUUCCGCUGAAAGUGCUGCGAACGAUGGUUUGGGAUCUCCAUUUUUAUAUAUCGCGGUUUACCUUUCCAAAAUGCUCCCCGGAGAAGCAGUCGGAAGAUGGUUUCUGGUCGUCAUCUGUUAUCAGGUUAUCUUAAGCAUUGUAAUUGGAUUUGUGAUUGGUUAUUUUGCGCGUAAAUCGUUGCGUUGGGCUGUGGAUAAAAAGCUGAUUGAUAAGGAGAUGUUUUUAACCUUUGCAGUUGUAUUGGCGUUGUUCAUCAUGGGAUCUGUUUCAAUCCUUGGAAGUGAUGAAUUGUUGGCCUGUUUUAUCGCCGGAAACUCUUUUACAUGGGACGAUUGGUUCCGAACAGAGACACAAGAUUCUCAUUUUCAAGAAAUUAUUGACGUGCUUUUAAAUUUAUCUAUUUUUAUUUAUAUUGGCGCGAUUAUGCCAUGGUCAUUGUUUAAUAAUAGUGAAUUGGGACUAUCAUACUGGCGAUUAUUUGUCAUUUCUAUUCUUAUUCUUUUGUUUAGACGCCUUCCCAUUGUAUUAAUGUUAAUGAAAAACAUUCCUCCUUUGAAAAAUUACCGAGAAGGUCUGUAUGCUGGCUGGUUUGGACCAAUUGGAAUAGGUGCCGUAUUUUACGCUGCACUUGCCAAACAAGAUGGUAGUGAAAAUGUCCAGAAACUUGUUACUCCGG